CGUCUGGUCGUCUGUGAUCAAUAUCAAAUGAAAUCAAAAGAAAAAAAAACAAAAUAAAAAAAAUCCAAAACAAGCAUGAACGGUGAACCAUGAAGCAAAGGUUUGGGUUGGGACUGGUGAUGAAUAUUGAUUUUUAAUUUUAUUGAUAAGUACUUGGAAUUAGCAGUGUAAAAUAUCAAAAAAUUUAACAAUGAAGUACACUGCAAAAUUAUUAGACAGCAUAAAUCGCUGUAUGAUACCAAAAUUAUCAAAAAACUAUAACGAGAAAACAAAAAGUCACGUCGAGAUUGAUAUUCGUAAUAAAAAUUUAGAUGAGAAUUUUGAACGAGUUAUAAAAUAUCUCAAAGAUCUAACAUUGGUAGGCAAUAAAGACGCUUCGACUGUAAUAUCGUCGUUGUAUAUUUUAUACAAAGAACUGAAAUACAACUUUCCGUGGAAUAAUGAUAAACAUUAUGAAUAUGCGAGAAAAUUGAACUUUUAUUUUGAAGUGUUGGGCAAUGUGCCUCUGGAAAUGGUGCUACGCAGGAAAAGUGCUUUUAAUGUACAAGAAAUAUUUGAUAAUAUAUUACAAGUGUGCAACAGUAAAUUAACAUCACAGGAUUUUAAGAAAUAUCCAGCCCUUGUUGAUAUAUUCUGCAUGCUAAUAACACACUUAAACGAGUACAAAGUUGAACUGAAACCCCAAAAAAUAUUCCCAAUUUUGCUUUUGCUAAUUGAUGACUACAUAACUUCUAAUAAAAGAAAAGGAUUGUUGGGUUCUAUGAUGGCAUUGCAGAAUAUGAAACAAAAGGACUUCGAUGGUGGAAAUUAUUAUGAAGUACUUUACAGAAGCUUGAAAAGAACAUUUUCGGAAAAGGAUUUCAAGAUCACAUUAUCCACCCAUGAAUGUCUUAUAGAAUUGUGUAGAAUAUUUCCUAAAGACGUCAAGCAAGAGAAACUGGACGAUAUGUAUUCUGGGCUCCUAAACGAGAUAGCCAUUGAGUCAAACAUACACAGGAAAACUCAAUGCUUCAAAUUUUUGAGAUUUCUUUUAACUGCACAUGGACUGAACUGUGUCAGAAGUAACACUUUCAAGGAGAUUAUGUACGAUUCUUUGGAGCUGUGUACAAAUGAAGUAGUUGCCAAGGAGUUAUUAAUGUUUGUCCUAGCGUGUCUUGAUGAAUGGGUUGUACAAUGCUGGUGCGUCUGGCAACUUUCUACUGACUACAAAAUGAUCUCUGUCCUAUUAAAAGUUCUUUACACCUGCAAAGUAGAACAGCAUGCUGAUACCAUUCAGAGUCUUAUUAUAAUUCUUAUUUGUUUAAAUAAAGAAAGUGAUAAAAAACUUCUUGUUGCAAAUUUAGAUAAAGCCAAAUUUUUGGAUGAUAAAGUUUUUAAGUUUAGGAUAGAAAAAAUAAAACUAAUACUUACUAAAGUGAAAUUUUAAUGUAUAUUGAAAAUAAAUGUAUUUAAUAAUAAUAUAUUGUCACUUAAUCACAGUAUUAGAUCCUUAAAUAAAAUGUUUCGAAAUCA